AUGUCCGUAUCAGCCUACGUCGCCGCAUUCGGCAGGGCACCGCCGGCCGCGUGUGCGCUCGGCGCCGGCCUCGUCGUUACAUCAUCGCUCCUCUUUGGCAACGUCGGGCUCACCCUCACAGGGCCGCUGCCCAUCAUCAGGGACCAGCUCGGGACCAGCUCGUUGAGCGCGAAGCAGAAAGUGAGGGUAUGGAGGCUCUUCUUCGACGAAGCCGCUGACACUCGCUUGGGGGGCAACCAGAGAUACGUUGUUGUCGGCACCGGUUUGACGGCGGCGUUGCACCUGGGGGCGUUUGCGCUGGGGGAGUCGCCCAUCUCCCGGCGGCUCGCCCUCAUGUCCGCGCUCUGCAGCGUCAUCGUCCUGCCCUACACGGCCAUGGCCAUCAUGCCGACCAACAAGGCUCUCAUUGCGCUGGACGACAAGGUGGCGCUUUCCGAGAUGGACAGGAGGAAGAGCGGCAAGCUGAUUGAGAAGUGGGAUCGCCUGCACAAGGUCCGCUUCCUGAUGUAUUCUGGCGCGUGGCUCUGCGGCCUUGCCGCGUUUACGGCUGCUCUAUGA